GCCACCAGGAGGGGACGGCGAGUUAAAAUCGCUCCGGCAAGGAGGAAGAGGAGGAGGAGAAGCGUCUGUUGGAACACGCGCCGCCGGGAAGAAGAAUCAGGGCAUGGGUCGACUCUCACUGACCAGUCCGAUUCAGAGAUUCCGUUUCUUCUCCUACUUAUCUCAGAAUGGAAGAAGAGGAUUUCUCCCUUGCUCUAGCUAUGGAGGUCGUUAUCUUUCGUCUCUAGUUGAAGCUUCAGACUGUGAACUUGAUGAAGGUCCAGAUGAUAGCAAAGUAGCGGAGAAAGACAUUAAUCUGCAUUCGGCAUUGUCACAGCUUUCAGUUUCAGGUGAUUUUGAUGAAGACUCUAAGUUGUGGCUGCAGCGGUUUUCCAGAUCUCGGAGAGUUUCUGUGAUAUCUACUGGCUCACUCAACCUUGAUCUAGCUCUAGGAGUUGGAGGAUUGCCAAAGGGAAGAAUGGUUGAGGUUUACGGAAAAGAAGCUUCUGGAAAGACAACUCUAGCUCUUCAUAUCAUCAAGGAAGCUCAAAAGCUUGGAGGUUAUUGCGCUUAUCUGGAUGUGGAGAAUGCCUUGGAUCCUUGUCUAGCAGAGGCAAUAGGUGUAAACACAGAAGAGCUUCUAAUAUCACGACCCGAUUCUGCAGAAAAUAUGCUAAGUAUUGUCGAUGUGCUAACCAAGAGUGGAUCAGUAGACGUAAUUGUGGUGGACAGUGUUGCUGCUCUUGCCCCUCAAUGUGAGCUUGAUGUUCCUAUAGGAGAAAGAUACAGAGACAGACAACCAAUAAUAAUGACACAGGCGCUCAGAAAAAUCCACUACUCAGUUGCCAAUUCGCAGACACUGAUCGUUUUUCUUAAUCAGGUCAGAUCACAUGCCAAAUCUAGAAUGCGUUUCCCACACGCGGAAGAAGUGACUUGUGGGGGGAAUGCAUUGCGGUUUCAGGCAGCUAUACGCCUCAAAAUGAUAAGAACCGGGCUCAUAAAGACUGACAGUGAGAUAAGUGGUCUGAAUGUGUGCGUCGAAGUGGUGAAAAAUAAGCUGACCCCAGGAAAGAAGAAAUCUGAAUUGGGGAUUCACUUUGGUCAUGGCUUCUACGUGGAGCGUGAGGUUUUAGAGUUGGCUUGUGAGCAUGGAGUUAUCGUAAGAGAAGGAAGUAGCCAUUUCAUCGAAGGCGAGGUCGUUGAUGGGAAAGACGCAGCUGAAAAGUAUUUGGUGGAAAAUAAGGAGGUUCUUGAUACCAUCAUCAAAAUCCUGAGGAACCAGCUCUUCUAGAUGCGAGAUAGAGAGACAGAGCAAAGUAUUGGUCUUCUCCAACAAAUGUUUAUUAUGGAGAUCAUUACCUAAAAUAACCCAAAAAACAAUUGUGAAUAGCUAAGAUAACCCAUCAAAAGUUAUAUUAUUCAGAUAAGCUAUUUACUUUUUUGUAGAACUCUAGGGAAGAUGAACUUGUAUUUUUAACGUCAAUGGUUUUUGAAAAAUUGUUUCCUUUUUUA